CUACACUUUCCAUUAUCAGCAGUUUGCAGCUGGCAGAAUUGAACUUCAUAUACCACAACUGAGAACUAGAAAACAUUUUAUCAAGUUUAUUUUUCCUAAUUUUCUGCUCUACUGAUUAAAUUUCAUCAAAAGAAAAAUGAUCUCCAUUUUCUACUGCUCACUAACUGCCUUUGUGCUCGCUGGUGUUCAAGGCUGGUCCUAUCAUUAUUCAAAUACCAACAUGACAUAUGAGCAUGCCAGGAAAUUCUGUCGAACUACCUAUACUGAUUUAGUGGCCAUUCAAAACAGAGAAGAAAAUGAGUACCUGAAUAGCAUUCUUCCAUUCAACCCUAACUACUACUGGAUUGGGAUCCGUUUAAUCAAAAACCAUUGGACCUGGGAAGGUACCAAAAAAAUCUUGACAGAGGAGGCAAAGAAUUGGGCCUUGGGUGAACCCAACAACAAGAAGAGUAAUGAGGACUGUGUAGAGAUGUACAUCAAAAGGACAAACGAUUCCGGAAAAUGGAAUGAUGAACCUUGUAAAAAAAAGAAAGUUGCUUUGUGUUACACAGCUGCCUGUAGCCCCUCCUCCUGCAGUGGGCAUGGGGAUUGCAUCGAAACCAUCAACAAUUACACCUGCAGUUGCUAUGAAGGUUUUUAUGGAUCUGCAUGCGAGCACGUUGUGGAGUGCCCACGCCUUGUAGUCCCAGAACUUGGUUCCAUGAAAUGUGAAGAUGAGAAUGGGAAAUUCAAGUACAACUCAAACUGUUCAUUUUCAUGCAAUGAGGGUUUUGCCUUGACUGACUCAAAUGCUUUGCAGUGCACUGCCUCUGGAUCUUGGAGCUUGGAUGUUCCUGCAUGUGAAGCUGUGGUCUGCCCAACUAUCCCAGUCCCAGAACAUGGUUCCAUGGAGUGUGAGGAUGAUUAUGGAGAAUUUCAGUACAACUCAAAGUGUUCCUUUUCAUGCAAUGAGGGUUUCAUCUUGACUGGAUCCAAUUCUCUGCACUGCACCUCAUCUGGAUCUUGGAGCUCGGGUGUCCCCACAUGUGAAGCUGUGGUCUGCCCACCUAUCACCAUCCCAGAACACAGUUCCAUGGAGUGUGAGGAUGAUUAUGGAGAAUUCCAAUACAAUUCGAAUUGUUCAUUUUCAUGCAAGGAGGGUUUUAUCUUGACUGGAUCCAAUUCUCUACACUGCAACUCCUCUAGAUCUUGGAGCUCGGAUGUCCCUGCUUGUAAAGCUCUGGACUGCUCACGUCUUGUAGUCCCAGAACUUGGUUCCAUGGAAUGUGUAGAUGAGUAUGGAGAAUUCCAGUACAACUCAAAGUGUUCAUUUUCAUGCAAUGAGGGUUUCAUCUUGACUGGUUCUAAAUCUGUGCAGUGCACUUCAUCUGGAUCUUGGAGCUCUGAUGUCCCUGCAUGUCAAGUUGUGCAGUGUGAUACUUUAAAAGACCCUACAAACGGCUUUGUAAAAUGUCCAGAAAAUUUAGAGUACAACUCCACUUGUUCAUUUACCUGUGCAGAAGGGUAUAACCUGGUUGGAUUAUCAGAAGUCCAGUGUUUGGCAUCUGGAGAUUGGAUGUCCCCACCACCCAUAUGUGAAGUUGUCCAGUGUACAUCUCUGAACAAUCCUAAAAAUGGCUGGGUUAAAUGUGAAGAAAAACCUCAUUAUAAAUCUAGGUGUACAUAUGCCUGUGCAGAAGGCUACAAGUUGUCUGGCUCAUCAGAACGCCAAUGUCUUGCAUCUGGAGAGUGGACAUCCUCUGUACCUACAUGUGAAGCUGUGCAGUGUGAGCCUUUAAAACACCCAGAAAAUGGAUUUGUAAAAUGUCCAGAAAAUUCAGAGUACAACUCCACUUGUUCAUUUACCUGUGCAGAAGGCUAUAACCUGGUUGGAUUAUCAGAAGUCCAGUGUUUGGCAUCUGGAGAGUGGAUGUCCCCACCACCCAUAUGUGAAGUUGUCCAGUGUACAUCUCUGAACAAUCCUGAAAAUGGCUGGGUUAAAUGCGAAGAAAAACCUCAUUAUAAAUCUAAGUGUACAUAUGCCUGUGCAGAAGGCUACAAGUUGUCUGGAUCAUCAGAACGCCAGUGUCUUGCAUCUGGAAAGUGGACAUCCUCUGUUCCUACAUGUGAAGUUGUGCAGUGUGAGACUUUAAAACAACCAGAAAAUGGCUUUGUAAAAUGUCCAGAAAAUCCAGAGUACAACUCCACUUGUUCAUUUACCUGUGCAGAAGGCUAUAACCUGGUUGGAUUAUCAGAAGUCCAGUGUUUGGCAUCUGGAGAGUGGAUGUCCCCACCACCCAUAUGUAAAGUUGUCCAGUGUACAUCUCUGAACAAUCCUAAAAAUGGCUGGGUUAAAUGUGAAGAAAAACCUCAUUAUAAAUCUAAGUGUACAUAUGCCUGUGCAGAAGGCUACAAGUUGUCUGGAUCAUCAGAAGUCCAGUGUCUUGCAUCUGGAGAGUGGACAUCCUCUGUACCUACAUGUGAAGCUGUGCAGUGUGAGCCUUUAAAACAACCAGAAAAUGGCUUUGUAAAAUGUCCAGAAAAUCCAGAGUACAACUCCACUUGUUCAUUUACCUGUGCAGAAGGCUAUAACCUGGUUGGAUUAUCAGAAGUCCAGUGUUUGGCAUCUGCAAAGUGGGCAUCCCCUCCACCCAUAUGUGAAGUUGUACGGUGUGCAUCUCUGAACAAUCCUGAAAAUGGCUGGGUUAAAUGCCAAGAAAAACCUUAUUAUAAAUCCAAGUGUUCAUAUGCUUGUGCAGAAGGCUACAAGUUGUCUGGAUCAUCAGAACGCCAAUGUCUACCAUCUGGAGAAUGGACAUUCUCUGCACCUACAUGUGAAGCAGUGGAAUGCAAAGUUCCUCUUAUUCCGGACAUGGGCACAAUGAACUGCUCUCAUCCUUUUGGAGACUUUAAAUAUGGCUCUGUCUGCAAAUUUGACUGCGAGGGAGAUCGACUCUUGAAUGGGACAAAUACCCUUGAAUGUAAAAGUACUGGGACAUGGAGCUCAGAAGUUCCAGCAUGUGAAGCACCCAAGAUUGUACCUGACUCUGGUGUAAUCAAUGUAGCAGUUGGAGUUGCAGCAACUGGAGCUUCCCUUUUAUCAGUCACUUCCCUUUUGGUUUGGCUUGUAAAGCGUCUGCGGAAAUCAGCAAAGAAAUUUACACCUUCAAGUAGCUGCCAGAAACUUGAAGAAGCUGGUGUUUAUCAAAAUAUAGAAGAUCAUAUUUAGGUGAUCACAUCAUGACAAGCUCAGUGUUCCUAUACUUUGAAGAUUACAAAGUUACAAGAGUGAUUGAAGAUGGUUUUAGAUGAUCAUGACUGGUUGGGUCAACCUUCUGGUUUCAUCAUACCACACCAAAAUUAACUGCGGCGUAAAGUACUUCUGUCAUUAUCGAUGAUAUCAAUUUGUCUUUGAUUUUGAAACUCUGUAUAUUAGGUACCUACAACCUGCUCUAUCAUUUCAGAAAUGUUAACGUUCAUUUGUCAUAAUCAUGAAGUGUAACGUGGUACAAUGCAUUUAACUGGCAAGCAAGCUUCAUAUCUGACCGCAAUCCCUGUAUGCUGAGAAUAUCAAGACAUACAGCAAUAUGCAGAGUGACUUGAGAAUACCUUUUAUAAGUUAUAACUAUUAGAUUGAACUGCUGAAAAUGUGUGACAGAAGUGCUUGCCCAUAAUUCAUAAUUAAAAAUAUUAUUACUUUGUAUUUUUAUGUACAAUUAUCAUGUUCAAAGACAAAAUUUAAGGUAUCUGUUUGUAACAGUGCAGAAUAUAUUUUCUUCCCUAUGGGACAGAGCUCAUACAGUUAUUUAAUGGUACAUGGAAAGUAGGGUUAUUGGAACCUUAAAACUCAUUGCCAAGGGUUGAGAUAAUGUUAAGACAAAACCUUGGAAUGUUACAUAACCAUUUUUAAUGAAUGGGAGCUAUCAAGUCACAAAUUUAGCAGUGAGAUUUGGCAAAUAUUAAACCAUGUUCCUGCUUUCAAGUACUGUUAUCUAAAAACUGAAAAAAUUAUUUUGUUCUAGACAGACAAUUCUCUGUACUAAAGGGAAUCAAGAUGACUUACUUAAAAGAACUUAGUAACCAUUAAGGCCUUCCAGUCUACACAGUUUUUAGCUCAUUAGUUCAUUGGGGUUUACAACAGGUUAAGUUCCAAAUAUGGACAUUGGUUAAUGUACUAAGAAAUGUGACUUUGGUCCUGCAGGCAAGAUCAGAGCAAUAGGAAAGUCAUCCCUCCAGAGAAAAAUUAUGUCUUCUAUCAUUUGUUAGUGUAGCUGCUUUAGAAGGAAGCAGUGUUUUCUAUUUUCAUAUCAAUGUAAUAUUGUAUGUAAUUUAUUUAAUGUAUAAGUGUUAAUAAAUAUUGUUUAUUAGUUUAUUAAUAAAGUU